UCGCUACUUUUUAGUCGCAUUCAGAUACUCUUUGUCGAUAGAGCUCGUGUCGUCCGUAUGCACUGUAAAGCGAGUGCCUCCUCCUCUUCUCUCUCUCAGCCAAAAAAAAAUAAUAAUAACCACCCUCGCGUCUUUAUUUCGAUCUGAAUUUAUAUCAAAAAUACCAUCAAAAAGUUUGAGUGAAACUUUAUUACUAUUUAUAGUCUAACAUUAAGUGCUGUUUCGUGUUUGAUGUUAAUAAUAAAUUCGAAUUGAAGACUUAUUGGCUUCAAAAAUAACGAAAAAAACCUGUAACAAAUGCUAGUUACAAAUUGUAUCUAUUGGAUUAUUCGACGCAAUCUUGAGGAUUACGUGUAUUUAUUUUCAUAACUACACACAUCAAAAGCUGUCAUCACAAAUUAUAAACAACAACAAAUACAAAAAAAAAGAGGAUAUAUCUCCUCAAUACAAAAGCCAAAGUGGAUUUAACAAAUUAUAAUAAAAUGCUGACAUCCAGCAAUCAGUACCUGCGGCCGGAUUAUCUUACACCGACAACUCGAAACAACAAUCAUAUAAUGCCCAUGAAUAAUAACUACAUGAUGUCAUCAGGGCAUUGCGUUUCUGGAUCGUUUCCACUUGAUGAUGUGGGAACAAAUUCUGUGCUGGACACAAAAAACAGCCCCUUGGCCUUGCUGGCUCAAACAUGCAGCGCCAUCGGUGCCGAUACACCAAAUCCCAAACUUUUGGCAAACAUCGAAAAGUCAACCAAAUCCUCACACAAAUCAUCCACAGAUUGUCGGGAUAAAUCGUCACCCGUCGGCAGUCAGUCGUCGUCAGUAUCGACAGGCUCUACGGAGCACCAACAAGUCAAAUCUAGCUUUAAGCCUUACGAGUCGAACAACAAUCGUUAUGACUUGUUGGAUAAUGGCGGCAGCGCCGGAUCCAUUGUUAAUCAAUCUAGUAUAAGAGUUAAGACGCCAAAAAGCAACACAGCAACACAACGAUGCGAUUCAAACCAAAGUGCCACUUCACAAAGAGACUCACCUGCAAUGAUGAAUGCAACACCUGGAACGACGACAACGCAAGCGACGUCUGCGAAUACGGCAGCGCGUAAAACUCCAUCGACAUUGUCGUCGGCCUCGUCGACGGGCUCGUCGGUGGCAAGCAUACAUCAGAAUGCUGAUCAGCCAAAUCCUAGUCCACAUCGUGCCUCAUCCAAGGAAUCAUUUGGAGGUGGUGGAAACAAUAAUACCAGUGUCUCCCCAGCUCAGAGUAGCCCUGUGUCGAAAUCAGUGUCGGAAGCUCAGUAUAUGAAGGCCUUGCAUGCGGCUUCGAUGCAACCGCAGGUUUCAACAGCAGGUGGACAGGCCUAUUACUCGGGAUAUCCGCCGGGUCUAGGGUACCCCAUGGACCUGAUGACAGCCAGUGCUCUGAUGUCUCCACAUCAUCCGAUGUUCAAGGCUGCUGCAAUGAGUCCCUACUUGAAUUAUGCCCGGCUUAAAGGGAUUGAUCCGUCAUCAAUGAUGCCCCCAGUUUGUCGGGAUCCAUAUUGUACCGGCUGUCCAUCGAGUCCACAUUUUCUAAACAAAGCAGCUGGACAGCCCUGUCCGGCUGGUUGCCCGCACUGUGAAUCUCCGUCCGCCCCGAAGUCAGCAGCGGCAGCUGCCUAUGCUCAUGCGCAACUUGCCGCCUUGGCAGCAGCCUCCCAGCUCCCAUACGUCUGCAGUUGGAUUGCCGGUGAUGCUGCCUAUUGUGGAAAACGUUUCGGAACCUCUGACGAGCUAUUUCAGCAUCUGCGGACGCAUACCGCCUCAAUGCCUGAAUCGAUGUUAGCUGCAGCAGCAGCUGGUGGUUUUCCACCAAAUCAUCCGCUGUUUCAAAGAACCUACCCAACGCCACCAUUGAGUCCAUUAUCAGCGACGGGUCGGUAUCAUCCAUACAGCAAACCGUCCAUGCUACCUCCCUCAGCUUUAGGUCCACCACCGUCACUGGCAGGUAUGCCUAUGCCACCGCAUCCGUCAUUGGCGCAAUAUUUCUCACCCUAUUCACUAUAUGGCAAUCCGCGUUUGGGUUCAUCACAUCCAUAGUACGAAUAGUUGGACGAAAGCAGGGUUGCCAAGGUGCAAAGUCUAAUUCGAUUCUAAAAUACUUGUUGCAUUAAAUUUUCAUUCAUUUGUUUUUUGUUUGCAGUAAAUUUACUUUUUUAUUUUUAAUAAAACAAAGAUAAAUUGUUUUUUAAAAAAAUUUGUUAUUUUAUUAUUUUCAAUAUUUAUGUUGUAAAAAAUUUAAACAAGUGAUAUAAGAAUGAAUU